UUACUACACGCAGCCCAAAAGCCACUGUGGUCGGGAUGUAAACACACAGAACUAUCCUUUGCAGUUAGAAUGAUGACAAUUAAAUCAGAGGGAAACAUUUCUCAACGAUCUUUCAAUGAGACUAUGUCGCUCAUCAAGGAGUUACCUCCUGAAGAUAAUGUUAUUCCUGAAGAUUUUUAUCAGACAAAGAAAAUUGUGUCAAAACUUGGUCUUACUGCAAAAAAAAUAGAUUGUUGUGAACAGGGUUGUAUGUUGUUCUACAUUGGUGAUGAUAUGCAAUUAAAGGCAUGCAAGUUUUGUGGUAGACCUCGUUAUCAUCAGAAAAAGGUUGGUAGGGAUAAAUACAAGGAAGUUCCUGUGAAGCGAAUGCAUUAUUUACCCCUUAUUCCUAGACUUAAGAGAUUAUAUGCCUCAAUGAGUUCUGCACCACACAUGAGGUGGCAUCAUGAAAAUAGGCGACAACCAGGAGUGUUAUGUCAUCCAUCAGAUGGAGAAGCAUGGAAAGAAUUUGAUCGAAAAAAUCUUGAUUUUGCAAAAGAACCUAGAAAUGUGAGGUUGGGGUUAUGUUCUGAUGGUUUCAUGCCAUUUGGUAAUGCAGCAAAACCUUAUUCUUGUUGGCCGGUAAUUGUUACUCCUUAUAAUCUUCCUCCUGAACUAUGCAUGACAACUCCCUACAUGUUUUUGACAUUGAUUAUUCCUGGGCCCAAUAAUCCAAAAGAAAAAAUUGAUGUAUAUUUGCAGCCACUGAUAGAUGAGUUGAAAUUGUUAUGGAAUGAAGGUGUGCUGACAUAUGACAUAUCAAAGAAGCAAAAUUUUAUGAUGAAAGCUGCAUUAUUGUGGACUAUUAAUGAUUUUCCUGCAUAUGGUAUGCUAUCGGGUUGGAGCACUGCGGGAAAAUUAGCAUGUCCAUAUUGCAUGAAUCAAUCAAAGGCUUUCUGGCUGAAACAUGGUGUUAAAUGUUCUUGGUUUGAUUUCCACCGUCAGUUCUUGCCCAUGGAUCAUGCAUACAGAAGAAACAAGGAUGCAUUUUACAAGAAUCGAAUCGUGACGUCUAUUGCUCCACGAAGAUUAACAGGGGAUCAAAUGUGGGAAGAAGUUUCUAAUGUACCAAAAGUAACUGAGACUCAACCUUGUGUUUGUCCUGGAUAUGGUGUAUCUCAUAAUUGGAUAAAACAAAGCAUCUUUUGGGAGUUACCAUAUUGGAAGUCCAACUUAAUAAGGCAUAAUCUGGACAUGAUGCAUAUUGAGAAAAAUGUAUUUGAAAAUGUCUUUAAUACGGUGAUGGACAUCAAGGGCAAGACCAAAGAUAAUGUUAAAGCAAGAAUGGAUUUGAAAGAGUAUUGUAGGCGAAGGGAACUAGAAUUAGUAGAGAACCCUGGUGGAAAACCUUUAAAGCCUAAAGCAAAAUUUGUUUUGUCCAAUGAGCAGCAAAUGGCAGUUUGUAAAUGGGUUAGUGAGCUGAAAAUGCCCGACGGAUAUGCCUCAAAUUUGAGUAGAUGUGUAAACAUAAGGGAAGGGAAUUUCAUUGGAAUGAAAAGUCAUGAUUGUCACAUCUUUAUGGAGCGUUUGUUGCCAAUUGCUUUUAGUGCACUACCACUUCAAGUGUGGAAGCCUAUAGCUGAGUUGAGUAAAUACUUUAAGGAUUUGUGCUCAAGUACAUUGCAAUUGAGUGACUUGUUGUUGAUGGAACAAAAUAUCAUCAUUACAACAUGUAAGUUGGAACGAAUCUUUCCACCUGGUUUCUUUAAUUCAAUGGAGCAUUUGCAUAUUCAUCUAGCUUAUGAAGCAAUAGCAGGAGGUCCCAUUCAAUAUCGAUGGAUGUAUCCUUUCGAGAGGUACUUGGGGAGGUUGAAACGAAUGGUUAAAAACAAAUCACGGGUAGAAGGGUCUAUUUGUGAAGCAUAUCUAUGUCAAGAGACUUCUCAUUUUUGUUCAUACUACUUUGAGUCUCAUGUCCAAUCAGCGAGAAAUAGAGUUGGUCGAAAUGACGCUGGAAGUCAUGAUGAUGUAGAUCCACAAAAUUUAUCAAUCUUCAGUCAUCCUGGUCGAACAGCUGGAACUUCAAGGAGUCGAUAUUUAACUGAUAUGGAAUCAGCUGCUGCCCAUUUGCAUAUCCUACUUAAUUGUGACGAAGUUAAACCAUUCAUUGAACGCUUUGAGCAACAUUUGGAGGCAUCCUUUCCUAAUAUCUCUCAAGCUGAUAUUGAUGGUAGGAUUGCAUCUGAGUUUCCAACUUGGUUUCGAUCUUAUAUGUCAGAUCGUGGUCGGGGAAAAUCCAAAACUCUUAGAGGACGUCCAAGACCGUUAUCACACACUCACAAUGAUAUGUCAUCACAUGUGGCACAUCAUGCCACUCCACCUUUAGCACAAGAGGAUUCAACCAAUGUCCCACCAACUCAAUCACCGCCAAAUGUUGUUGCUGCCACUCCAUCACUUAGGACAUCUCAUUCAACCCCUUCACCCCGUAGUUCUGAAACGGGUGAUGAGCCUAUAAUUGGAUCAAGUGAAUCUCAAACUGUAUCAGAUGAUGACAAAACUACUCUCAUCCUUGCGGGUCAAGGGUUCUUACCUUCGCACCGUGCGGCUAAUAUCAUUACUGAUAUAUUCAGAAGUCACUAUACUGAUCCAUGGGCAUCAUGGAAGAAGAUACCCAAGGACACAAGAAAUAUGUUGUUUGGAGAGUUCAUGAGUAAAUGUUCUAUUUGUCCACCCGACUAUAUAUGGGCUAAAAAGAACUUUGAAGCACGAGGUGCAUAUUUGAUGAAAAGUACUUUAAGUAGGGUUCGUACCUCUAAAACAAGACCAGAUUGGCUUGGAGAUCAUGUAUGGAAUGGGUUACGUGAGCAUUGGGAUAGUGUAAGCUUCAACAUCAAAAGUGCCAAAGCAAAAGCAAACCGGGCAUCCGAUUGUGAUGGAUUUGGGCAGUCCCUUCAUAUUGGUGGCUCUAUUACCACUUCUCAGCAUAAAGCAAAUAUGGUGAUGAUAUUUCUCUUGUAGUCUAUUCUUCUCUUAAUUUAGAUAUAGAUAAUAUGGUCAUAAUUUUAUUGUACUUUAUUAGAUUAAAAAGACCGGAACCACUCCUACUCAGCUAGAAUUGUUUCGCCAGACACACCAACGCAAGGAUGCUACAUGGGUGGAUAAGAAAUCAGAACAUGCUACAUUUGAAAGUACAUGGGAAGAUAGGACGCAAAAAGCAUAUGAGCAAAAUGCUCCUCCACCUAAUGAGCUAGAUGUGUGGCUUGAGGUAGCUGGUGUGAAAAAAGGUAGAAUUUAUGGAUUAGGAAUGGAGUCUACUGUGAUGCAUAACAAAUAUCGUGGCUCAAGCUCUUCAUCAUCUGAGUGGGUACGAAGAGAAGAGUUUGAUCAAUUGAGGGACACAUUAGACAUCACUCAAAAAAUGGUACGUCAGAUGAUGGAAAUGAUGCAAACAACAGCACCAACCAAUGUGCAUACAGAUCACGGUGAUAAUUCAGAUGAUUUAGAGGAGUCAGAGGAUGCAGAUGAUCUAGGUGGUUCUUGAGGGAUUAUUUGAACUUUAUCAAACUUUGUUUUUAAGUGUAUUGUAAUAGACUGGUUUAUGAAUGUUGACUUGAUGAUGUUGGUAGAGUAUUGUAUGAGACUACCAUAGUUUAUGAUGAUUGUAGGUUGAAGUUGAAUUAGUGACUGUUUUAUUGUUCCUAUAUUGAUUGAUAGAUAUGGUUAUUACAGGGUUAAAUCA